UGAGAGCAGAAACCUCAGAGAAGAUAAAAACAUUUAAAUUAACCAGUUUAUUAUAUUAUUCUGUGUCUGUCUCUGUGUGUUAAAGAUGUCCAGGCUGCAGAGUCUGAAGGUUUUCAUCAACCAGCGGCUAACUGCGGCUGUCGAGGACAUUUUCGGACAUUUAGAGAGGACAAUCAGCGAGUAUGAGGAGGAGAUGGACCGCCGCCAGCGGAAACUGCUCGAUGUGGUUUUAACAGCUGAAGUCCAGCAGCAGAGAGAAGCAGUGUUUCCUGCAGACGUCCAGCAGCUGCAGUUUCCCUCUGAGCAGCAGGACUCCAGUCUGGACCAGGACCAGGAGGAGCCGGAGCCCCCAAACAUUAAAGAGGAACAGGAGGAACCUUGGAGCAGUCAGCAGGGAGAGCAGCUUCAGGGGCUGGAGGAGGCUGAUAUCACCAAGUUCACGUUCGAUCCCGUCACCAGAACAACAUACAGGAAGAUCAGUGACUUACUAAAACCCGAUACUGACGACGAGACCGGAGACUUUUCUGAGCCUGAGACUGAUGACAGCGCUGACUGGAAGGAGGCCAGAGACCCUCAGUCUGGUCUAAACUCUCUGAAUAAUGACGAAGUCCCUGUCAGCAGCGCUGCUGAGAAACCGUUCAGCUGCUCCGAGUGUCGGAAAAGAUUCGUCAGCAAGGGGAACCUGAGGACGCACGUGAGGACUCACACAGGAGAGAAACCGUUCAGCUGCUCCGUUUGCAGGAAAAGCUUCCCGAGGCGCGGACACUUACGGAACCACAUGAGGAUCCACACGGGGGAGAAACCGUUCAGCUGCUCCAUCUGCGAUAAAGGUUUUGUUGAAAGCGGGAAUCUGAAGAAACACAUGAGGUCUCACACGGGAGAGAAACCUUUCACCUGCUCCGAAUGUGGGAAGAGGUUCGCUCGGAGUGAAAAUCUCAAGAGACACAUGAGGUCUCACACGCGAGGGACUCCAUUCAGCUGCUCCUUCUGCCAGAAAACCUUCGCGAGGAACGGAAGUUUACAGUUACACAUGAGAAUCCACACGAGAGAGUGACAGUUCACAGAACAAAUCAGUAAAGAAAUGAUCCAGUGAAUCUCUGGAGGGUUCAAACUCUGUUUUGAAUGAGAACAACUGAGUCAGAAAGUUGUUCUUCUCCUGCUGUGAGCAAACAGCAUGUCCAGUCUGAUCUGUUUUUAUAUGAUGAUGUGAUGUAGUUUUACAGGAUUUACAUAUUCUGUACGUUGGUGUUAGUCCUGUCACGAUAAUACAUUUUUUAGGAUGAUAUAUUUUCCCAGAAACGAUCACGAUAAACAAUAGUAUCGUAUCAAUGUUGUUUUAGUUUUAUAACAAUAUUAGAGCAUUAUAAGUACAUCCUUUUCCACAGCAAUUCAUUUUUAAAUCUGGAGAAUAUUAAACAUUGGAAUUGAAAUGUGGAAAGGAAAUAUUAAAAUAUCCUAGAUGAAUAAAACAUAAAUAAAUAAACUACAACCAACACGAAUAAAAUAGACUUUAAGGCUCUGUUAGCAAAACAUUGCACUGAGAUAAACAUUGUGUAUUAUAUUAUUUUAUUAUUAAAAUAACAUAAAAAAACAGCUGGAAUGGCUACUUGGGAAAUAUAGUUUUUCUUUUCGGCAAUUCAUGCUGCCUGUCAAACAUUUGCAGCUUUACUUUAAACACAAAAGAGCACAAAAAGUCAAUAUAUUGAGUCCAAAAAAACAACAACUAUUGUGUCAAUUUUUGUAUAUUGAACAAUAAGUCGAUAUAGUAAUUAUCAUGACAGGCCUAGUUGGUGUGUUUUGGGGCGUAAUAACAACACAGAAAAGUGAAUCUCCUCCUCUUCACUGCCCCUUUUUUCUUCUCUCGUCUAUAUAUAUUCAUGCAUGUUUAUUGAAAUGUGUUGAGAUACAAAAAGUCCUGUGUGUGUAAGACUUUAAACGACAAGACCAAGACCAAAUCUUAUCUCUUCUAGGGGAAAGAGAAACAAACUAUGGAAGAAUUAUCCUAUCUUUAUUGAAGAGCGUAGAUUUUCAGUUUGAGAGCAUGAUUUUAUUACGUUUCAGUGACAUUUCAGCUCCUUGUAAUGAUCAGAUUUAUUCUCCUCAUGCUCACAUUUUGCUGCUUUCUAUCAAAAUGUUUGCUUGAACUCAAAAAUGCUUGCUUGUGCUCUUUUGCUACGCUCUUUAAUAAAGAUAGGAUAAUUCUUCCAUAACUACCAUCAUCUUUUGGAAUUCAGAGCUCUGAAAAUGUAAUAGAAUAUUUUUUCUGUCUUCAAACUGAGUUGUUGAAGAAGUAAUGAAGGUGCAAUAAAGGCAACGCAAGAACUGAAA